GGCAUAUCGGAUGAGACGAACACGCUACUAGAUCAACGAAAUGUGACAUUUCCAAAUUUGCGAUCGCUUAAAAUGACCUCUAUGGAGCUAUUGAGUCGACCACCACCACGAAGGAAAAUUGGUGUGGCCAGCAUGGAUACUCGUAAUAUUCCGGUGCUGGGUGAAGAAGAUUUGGAAGGAGCGGGUGGUCUGGAUCAAAUGCGAGAGAACAGAGGAGGCCCGUCGCACUUAAUGCAUUCAAAUCAGCAGUCUAUUUUCGAAGGAUGCUCUUCAUCAUUUAACGGAGGCAUUGGCAUUUCCCUGACAGAGCCUGUGGAGGAAAAGAUCGUCAUAGAGGAAGAACGGGAACCACCAGUUUUCACUUCGAGAUGCCCUAAUGUUACAUCAUUAGCCUUGCCGAAGGUACGGAGGUUCCCUGAGGAUGAGGAAAAUUCACCGAAUGAUCUUUUGCGUCGCGUUUUCGAACCGUUGAAAGAUUUGAGGAUUCUUGAUUUGUCAUAUUGGACUAGGAUGGAAGACCUUCGUUGCGUACAUCCUCUUCACCUAACUACAUUAAUAUUAUUUGAUGUACCUGAUUUGUAUCGAACAAUUGACAGCAUCAUCACACUCACGGAACUCAGAUUUCUCGAUCUUUCUCAAUCAUCACGGGACACAGGUCUCUACCCGAGACCAGUGACCGCACUACAUAAGCUGGUCACUAAUCUGAAGCAUCUGACGUGUUUGGAUAUCUCUUCGACAAAUUUGGCGGCACAACCGAGCCCAAAAGACUGGCCUGUGAAGCCAGAUAUGCAUCAAGGCAAUGUGCGCUCAGAUAUUGUUGGGCUACGUUUUCUCAGCAAACCGCUUGACUUUAUUGGACUGUUCAACUGUGAAAACGCCAGCCAUUUCGGUGAAAUUCCAGCUAAACACAUCUCUGGUGAUGCUAAUGAAGAUCAAGUCAUCAUGGCUUUGCAAAUGUACAAAGAUCGGGCCGGCCUGCUACAGUCUGUUUUGAAUGAGAGCUAUCAGCUGUAUCGUUUCGGGAACAGUAAUCCUCUGGUUCGUCAUACGGAAGCGCUUCAUCUGGUGCUGAACGCCAUGCAAAAUCAUCUUGAGGACAGCACAUUGCAGAUAGCCGGUUCAGCCAGUUUGUUCUACAUAAUCCGAAAGGUGGCGAUGAAUAGAGACACGAAGAAGCGUGUGGUCAGCGCCUUACUUAGUGGGAUGGAAACACACAUGGAGGAACAAGUGAUGGUUAGGAACUGCUGUCUAUCGCUUUGUCAGUUCGAGAUACCACAAGAAAUUCUUUUCGAUUACAGUCGAUUGGCCAUUCUGUUGGUUACGGUCCUUCAACAUCAUAACGCGGAUAACCUGACGCAACGAAUUGUGGUGUUCUUACUGAAUUCAAUGGCAUGCCAUGUUGAAGGCGAUCAGAAGGUGCAAGUCGGCAGUUUCGGAGCGAUCGAGAUGAUUCUGGAUCAAAUUCGAAGAAAGCUGGCAACGAAUAUGUGUGACGACGUGAUGGAAGUUGGAUGGAGCUUUUUGUGGAAUAUUACAGACGAAACUCCGGUGAACUGUGAACGUUUCCUGAAAGCGGACGGCCUGCUGCUUUUCCAUAAAUGUUUCGAUGCCUUCCGAAAUGAAAGAGAAUUAGUUCGCAAUAUGAUGGGCCUGAUUGGAAAUAUCGCUGAAGUCGAUGGUUUACGGUCACAACUGAUGAACGACGAUUAUGUGAAAAUAUUCUCAGCUUUACUGGAUUUGGUCGAAGACUCCAUUGAAAUCAGUUAUAAUAGCGCUGGUGUCCUUGCGCAUAUGGUCAGUGACGGUGAGGAGGCUUGGAGCGGAUUGACAGUACGUAGGGAACAAGUAAUGGCAAGUGUCGUCAAGGCCACAGAAGCAUGGCGCCUCGAUACAAGGCGAUUCAUAAACUACCGUUCAUUCCGUCCAAUUCUCCGGCUGCUCCCUCUAUGGCAUGCAUACGCUAGCCAACAUUGGGCUGUUUGGGCACUGGCUAAUCUCACUACGACAGAUGGUGCGAAGUAUUGUGCCUACGUGACAGAUGAGGGUGGCAUUCCAUUGUUACAAGAACUUGUGACCGAUCCUCGUACAACGGAACCUGUUCGUUGCCUAGCAAAGAUGGUACUCGAUAAUAUUGAGAGUUGGCGAACUCUCUCGGAGAGAGAGCGCAUGGGUGACAGUGAUUUGAUGGUGGACAGCAUGGAAUUAAUGGAUACGUCAUAG